AUAGCUUUUUGGUAUGUGUUGAAGGAGAGAAUAGAUGGCACAGUAGUCUAGAGCUACUGAUACUUCUAGAGAGAGAGAGAGAGAAAGAAGAAACUAUGAAACUUGUUGUUGUUGGUUUUUGAUUGAAAAGAAAGUGUAUUUUGAUUUGAUCAUCUGAAAUAUGUACAUAGGUGGUGGUGGUUCUUCCAUGGGAAGAUCUUUCAAGGAAUCCCUUAAACUGCUUGAAGCUGAUAUUCAUCACGCCAAUAACUUGGCAUCAGAUUUUCCGAGGGAAUAUGACGGUGCAUGUCUUCAGAUGAGGAUGUCAUACAGUCCAGCAGCACACCUGUUUCUUUUUCUUGUGCAAUGGACAGAUUGCAAUCUUGCUGGAGCCCUUGGACUAUUAAGAAUCCUAAUUUACAAGGUGUAUGUGGAUGGGACAACUACCAUGUCUACGCAUGAAAGAAAAGCAAGUAUUAGGGAAUUCUAUGCGGUCAUAUAUCCCUCUUUAUUACAACUUCAAAACGGUGUCACUGAUACAGAGGAUAAAAAACAGAAGGUUGUAUGCAUGGAGAGAUAUCGUAAAAGAGAUGAGGAGGAGCACAGACAAACCUCAGAUAUAGACAUUGAAAGAGAAGAAGAGUGUGGAAUAUGCAUGGAGAUGAAUAGUAAGAUUGUCUUGCCUGACUGCAACCAUGCCAUGUGCCUGAAAUGUUACCACGAAUGGAGAGCAAGAUCACAGUCAUGCCCCUUUUGUCGUGACAGUCUCAAAAGAGUGAACUCGGGCGAUCUCUGGAUAUUCACCGAUAGUAAGGAUAUAGUAGACAUGGAAACGGUUACAAGGGAGAAUCUUAGAAGGCUUUUCAUGUACAUAGAUAAGUUACCUUUGAUAAUUCCAGACUCACUUUUUGACCCUUAUGACUCUCACUUAAGAUAAGUGUUCUUUGAUGGGUUUUAGUUACAUAAACUUGGAAUGUAAUUUGGUGAAUUUAGCUUAUAGAGUUACAGUGCUUGCUUCCACGUCUUCCAGAGUUUACCAUGGUUUUGGUGGUGAAGUUGAGAUUGUAAAUUGUAUUUAGCACAUUUGUAUAUCUUUGUACAGAUUGAAUUACUUAUUAAGAGGUUUGCAUAUUAUGUGCCUCUUGUGUUAUAAAUGUGAAUCUCUUGAGAAACAAUA